CUUCUUCUGUGUUGUCACAUUCUUCUGAGGUAAAAAAAAAAACCUCUCCUCCUGUUGCUUUGUCGCCAUGGUAUAAGAGACGACCUUUGAUAUUGAACAGGCGUCAGUCGAACUCACAGCUGCUCCAUCACAGCCGGGAAUCCAAUCUCUGGAGGAGACGAUGAGUGUUGUCCUGGUGGUCAGGGACAGGAAAGCCACAGAGCAUUCAAGGGUUUGUUUCUGUCAGCUGAGCCAAUAGAAACCUUCGUCUCUUCUUCCUGUGGGUUUUUGACGACCUGAAUCUUCUGAAAGUUUUAUCUAUUAAAGAAACUAGAACAUCCGACCACAGUGAACAUCUAAACCACCGACAGCACCAUGCAGGAGUGUCACACUGGCCUGUGUCUGUCCGUCUACGUGAUCACCUUCAUCCUGGGUUUACCUGCCAACGUUCUAGCUUUCUACACUUUCUGCAAAAAGGUCCGUGAGAAGCCUGCGCCCAUCGACAUCCUGCUUCUGAACCUGACCAUUUCAGACCUACUGUUUCUGGUCUUCUUGCCGUUCAAGAUGCAGGAGGUGAUGAACAACGGCAUCUGGCAGCUGCCCUAUGUUCUCUGCCCUCUCUCAGGCUUCAUUUUCUUCCUGACCAUCUACAACAGCACCUUCUGCCUCACGGCCAUCAGUGUAGAGAGGUACCUGGGUGUGGCUUUUCCUAUACAGCACACACUGAAGCGCCGGCCUCUCUACGCUGUUGGAGCUAGCAUCUUCUUCUGGAUUUUCUCCAUCCUUCACCUCAGCAUCGUCUUCAUUAUGCCCCUCAUUAGGGAUAAAACGUCUCCAGAGAACCUGAGUCAAAACUCGUCUGUCACUACAUCCACACAACCCAAAGUUUGUUACGAGGACUUCACGGAUGCUCAGCUAAAGGUCCUCCUCCCAGUGCGUCUGGAGCUCUGCAUUGUCCUCUUCUGCAUCCCACUCUUGAUCUGCUGCUUCUGCUACAUCAACUUUAUCAGGAUCCUGUCCCAGCUGCAGCACAUCAACCGACGCCGACGUCUGCGGGCCAUCGGCAUGGCUGUUGGAACGCUGCUGGUCUUUGCUAUCUGUUUCGGACCCUACAACGUGUCCCACAUCGUGGGCUUCAUCCAGUGGAAGAGUCCAAAGUGGAGAGACAAGGCUCUGUUGUGCAGCACCUUCAACGCCUGUCUGGAUCCACUCAUCUUCUACUUCUCCUCCUCGGCCAUGAGGGGGAACGUGGCCGGCAUCAUAGCCCGGGUGAAGAGACGCCUCUGUGGCUGCACAUCCUGUGGUCCACUGGACCAGCUCUCUGUUCAAACUGACACAAAUGACACAGAAAUGAAACGCAAACAAGAAGAGAGCAACACCAACACCACUUAGACAGGAGGUGACAUUGCGUGAGAGGAUCUGUUGGACUUCCGGUCCUCUGCCCAUUUAACUUCCUGUAAUUCCUUCUUCUGGAAACACAAUCUCAGUUUUUGUUGCAAUGGAAUGAUGUAAAAACUUGUUUUUUAAGCUGAAGUUUUUUCACUGUUUGGUGAACUUUUUAUCGUCUUCUUUCUAAACAUUUAGCUUUUUUAAAAAUGUAGGCUUUCUAAAGUUUUGUUUUUAUAAAGUGUAAAUAUUGAAGUUACUGUCUGUGUGUUUGUUUCUAUCUGAGGCAAAUUUAAGAUUGCUCUUCAUUAUUGGGAGCAUUUUGUCAAAUGUUUGGAUUUUCUACAUUUAAACGUUUCCUUCUACGUAUUUUGAAAGAACUCUUUAGCUCCUUAUAAGUGGACUCAUUCUUUGGCAAAUGUAUUUUGCCAUAAAAUCUGUCUGUUUUUGUAUUUUCAGAACUAACCCUGUGCUCUGUGUUAUAUAAGUGUUUCGCUCUGAGUGUGUGUGUGUGGGUCGGUGGUGAAGCUAUAUUUGUGGUUAACAAAUACUGUCUUUAAUAAACCAUGCUUUUAAACCAUGUUUCAUAAAACAUUUACAAACAAAAAUGUAAUGUCUGUGUACACACAGACAUUAAAUUUUUUUAAACUUACAUUUAUGGUCAAAUCUUUGCCCACAAGUCAGGAUUCUUUUGGGGGGGGUUAAUGUUGUAAUUUUUUUUAACCUGAGGCUGUUUCCAUUUAGCAUUGGGCUACUUACCUUGCUAACUUGUUUUUCUGUGUUGUAUGGCAGAGUUUUAGCCACUUCAGGGCUAAAUUAUAGCUAUCUUUGUCGGAUUCUUUUCUGCUCCACUCAGUUUCUCCACUCAGUUUCACUUCAAAUGAUUUGUGUUCCUCUAGUUCUCUGGGGUUUUCCUGUGAUUUCUCAGUUAGUGAAUGUUUACCUGAACUUAUUAAAUCAGUCUUCAGUGAAUAGAGCAGCAGCCGUCUGUCCCUGUUGUCUUUUUAUUCUUUUAUGUGAUAGUUGUGUGCACAGUGUGUUCAAACAGCAGCGUCUGUUUGAAGAGGAAGGCUGCUAUGUUCGAACCCUGCCUUUGGUGAGAAACAAAACAAAAAUAAAUGUGUGAAAGCAAAGGCUAAGCUCAGAAAUGCUAAUAUUUUUCAGCUGUUGCUAUUAGAUGCCAACAAUAGUAAAAUAAAAUAUUUUUUGGUGUCUUAAUUCA